UUGUUUCGUAGUUGUUUUUGUUUAGAUACGGGCAAUCGGUAUAAGUUUUCCGAUAAAGUUACUGCAGAACUGGAACAGACUGCUGAAUACGACUUGUCACUGGGCUUAUAUAAACCUUUUAAAUUCGCACGGCAAGCUUUAUUGCGGAUUUUAUGGAGUACUGCUCUUCACGUAGAUAACCUUUUUUAUGAUUUAAUUUUUAAGGUUUUUAUGAUGGUAUUUACUGAAUUCAUUUAUAUGGAUUUUCAGCAAAUGAACGACAACACACCAUCAUCAAGUGAUAGCUCUACAGCAGAAUACUUUUUAGAAAGAAUAUACAGUCACUUACUUUACUAUGAGUAUGACCGUGCGAAUAGUUGCUUAGAAAAGGCAUUGGAAAAGGCUAAUAUAACGUUGGAGUUGGCCGGAGCCUUCGGGAAACGAACGAAGUUUCAAAGCAGGGAUAUACCUCAGUUAAUUUUAAAGGCCACACCAAUUGAUGAGGAACAAAUUGAAGAUUUUGAUAGCCCAGUAUGCUCAUUACCCUUAAAUGUUUCUGCGAACGAUGAUACUUUACUGGAAACAGUUAGAUUCUCCGAAAAUGUGGAAAGAAGAAAGUUAAAUAGUCUACAAACAGCCUGUAUUUUAGCGACUUGCCAGAUCAACUUGAGAACUCAGCACAGAGACGAUCUGGUGAUAGAAAAGUGUUUGACGUUUGUAAUUACUCAAAAACCAACUUGGGCAGUAUAUGUUUGUGCUUUAACACUAAGAUGCGAGCUAGAAAAGCACAGAAUGAGGCGUGUUGAAAGAGCAUGUUCACAGAUUGAAGUUAUCUCUAAAAUUGUUGAUGGUGUUGACGAUAACGUACUGUUUGAAAAACUUCGCCGGAUUUAUUUAGUUCUUGGGAGUGGAUUACAGCCUUUCUGGCGAAUUCAUAAAUUGCACGGAAAAAUUUUACUUUCACUCGGAUGCUCAGAAGCGCUAAAGGUUUAUGAGCGUUUAGAGGAUUGGGAUAGCGUAGUUGGUUGUUACAAAUCUGUGGGGCAGCUAGAGAAGGCAGAACGUAUAGUUCGUCAACUGAUCGAAAAAGAUUCUUCAAAUCCAAUCAACUAUUGUUUACUUGGAGAUAUAACUCUGAAGAGUGAUUAUUAUGAGACGGCUAUUAAAGUAUCGGAGGGAAGGUGUGCGAGGGCGUAUAAAUCACUAGGUAAUUUGAUGCUAAUUCGGAAUCGUUUUGAGGAAGCACUUAAAAACUUCAAAAAAAGUUUGGAACUCCAACAAAUUCAGUUAGGAGUUUGGUUCAAUUUGGGACACUGUGCUUGGAAAUUAGAACUCUAUCAAGAAGCAGCAAGUGCUUAUCACCAUUGCGUCCACUUAGAACCGGAUCACUUUGAAGCUUGGAAUAAUCUUGCUGCUGCAUACAUUCGGCUCAACCAGAAACAGAGGGCUAGAAAGAUUUUGCGAGAGGCUCUCAAGUUCAACUAUGAUCAUGCAAAUAUUUGGGAGAAUUACCUGCUAGUUUGCGUAGAUACUGGCGAUUUUCUGGAAGCAAUACAGGCGUUCCAUAGGUUGCUUGAUUUAAGAAAGAGUCAGAAAGAUGACGAAGUUAUUGAAGUUCUGUGUAAACAGACUAUGGAAAUGAGCCAGGUUCUGUUUUUCACUUCGCCACUUCUUGUUUGGCAUUCUUAUGCUACUCUAAAAAAACCGUUGGAAGUAGAAAAUUUGGAUGAAUAUGAAAGUUACGUGCAUUGCUUGGAUCGCGCUUUUCGAAGCGAGUUUAAUAAGCAGGUUUGA